CCAGGUCUCUAGACAAACUUUAUAACUUUGCUGAUUGCUCUGGACUCCACCUGAUAUUUGCUCUAAAUGCACUACGUCGUAAUCCCAAUAACUCCUGGAACAGCUCUAGCGCCCUGAGUCUGUUGAAGUACAGCGCCAGCAAAAAGUACAACAUUUCUUGGGAACUGGGUAAUGAGCCAAACAACUAUCGGACAAUGCAUGGCCCAGUAAAUGGCAGCCAGUUGGGAAAGGAUUACAUCCAGCUGAAAAGCAUGUUGCAACCCAUCCGGAUUUAUUCCAGAGCCAGCUUGUAUGGCCCUAAUAUUGGGCGGCCCAGGAAGAACGUCAUUGCUCUUCUAGAUGGAUUCAUGAAGGUGGCAGGGAGCACGGUGGAUGCAGUUACCUGGCAACAUUGCUACAUUGAUGGCCGGGUGGUCAAGGUGAUGGACUUCCUGAAAACUCGCCUGUUAGACACGUCUGACCAGAUUAGGAAAAUUCAGAAAGUGGUUAAUGCAUACACUCCUGGAAAGAAGAUUUGGCUGGAAGGUGUUGUGACCACCUCCGCAGGAGGCACAAACAAUCUAUCAGAUUCCUAUGCUGCAGGAUUCUUAUGGCUGAACACUUUAGGAAUGCUGGCCAAUCGGGGCAUUGAUGUUGUUAUACGGCAUUCAUUUUUUGACCAUGGAUACAAUCACCUGGUGGACCAGAACUUUAACCCGUUACCAGACUACUGGCUCUCUCUCCUUUACAAGCGCCUGAUUGGCCCCAAAGUCUUGGCAGUGCACGUGGCUGGGCUCCAGAGGAAGCCACGGCCAGGAAGAGUCAUCCGGGACAAGCUAAGGAUUUAUGCUCACUGCACAAACCACCACAACCACAACUACGUUCGUGGCUCCAUUACAUUUUUUAUCAUCAACCUGCAUCGAUCAAGAAAGAAAAUCAAACUGGCUGGGACUCUCAGGGACAAGCUUGUGCACCAGUAUCUGCUGCAGCCCUAUGGACAGGAGGGCCUAAAGUCCAAGUCAGUGCAGCUGAAUGGCCAGCCCUUAGUGAUGGUGGACGACGGGACCCUCCCAGAAUUGAAGCCUCGCCCCCUGCGGGCCGGCCGGACAUUGGUCAUCCCUCCAGUCACCAUGGGCUUUUAUGUGGUUAAGAAUGUCAACGCUUUGGCCUGCCGCUACCGAUAA